CCGAUCUCUGCAAUUCGAUCGCUUGCAUCUGCAAAGUUGCAACUCAUCUCGUCUCCUCCUCUCCUCCCCUCCUCCCCUGUAGCCUAGCUAAUUAACUUCAAAUUAGCAGCAGUAUGAUGGGACGGCGCGGCAGCAGCUGGUGCCGGUGGUGGGUGGCGCUGCUGGUCCUCGCCGUGGCGGCCGAUGCCGUGGGCUGCACCAGCGUCAGCUACGACGACCGCAGCCUCGUCAUCGACGGCCAGCGCCGGAUCAUCCUCUCUGGUUCCAUCCAUUAUCCCCGGAGCACUCCCGAGAUGUGGCCGGAUCUGAUCAAGAAGGCGAAGGAAGGUGGUCUCGAUGCCAUCGAGACUUACAUCUUUUGGAACGGCCAUGAGCCGCACCGCCGCCAGUACAAUUUUGAGGGUAACUACGAUGUCGUCAGGUUCUUCAAGGAGAUCCAGAAUGCCGGCAUGUACGCCAUUCUUCGCAUUGGCCCGUACAUCUGUGGCGAAUGGAACUAUGGAGGACUUCCAGCUUGGCUACGCGACAUCCCUGGAAUGCAGUUUAGGCUGCAUAAUGAGCCUUUUGAGAAUGAGAUGGAGACAUUCACCACUCUUAUAGUUAACAAGAUGAAGGAUUCAAAAAUGUUUGCUGAACAAGGAGGACCGAUCAUCCUUGCUCAGAUUGAGAAUGAGUAUGGAAACAUCAUGGGGAAAUUAAACAACAACCAGUCUGCAUCUGAAUACAUCCACUGGUGUGCUGACAUGGCGAACAAGCAGAACGUCGGUGUCCCAUGGAUCAUGUGUCAACAAGACGACGAUGUGCCGCACAAUGUGGUCAAUACCUGUAAUGGAUUCUAUUGCCAUGACUGGUUUCCAAAUAGGACAGGCAUCCCUAAGAUUUGGACAGAGAACUGGACUGGCUGGUUCAAAGCUUGGGACAAGCCGGAUUUCCAUAGGUCAGCUGAAGACAUUGCUUUUGCGGUUGCGAUGUUCUUCCAAAAGCGUGGAUCUCUGCAAAAUUACUAUAUGUACCAUGGUGGAACCAACUUUGGUCGUACCUCCGGAGGUCCGUACAUCACAACAAGCUAUGAUUAUGACGCGCCUUUGGAUGAGUAUGGUAAUCUCAGGCAACCCAAAUAUGGUCACUUGAAGGAACUCCACUCCGUGCUCAAGUCCAUGGAGAAAACUCUUGUCCAUGGAGAGUAUUUUGACACCAACUAUGGCGAUAACAUCACAGUUACCAAGUACACUCUGGACUCCUCAUCUGCUUGCUUCAUCAACAACAGAUUUGAUGAUAAAGAUGUCAAUGUGACCCUCGAUGGAGCCACUCACCUCCUGCCUGCAUGGUCAGUCAGCAUCUUGCCUGACUGCAAGACUGUUGCCUUCAAUAGCGCCAAGAUUAAGACCCAGACGUCUGUCAUGGUGAAGAAACCCAACACGGCGGAGCAGGAGCAGGAGAGCCUAAAAUGGUCUUGGAUGCCUGAAAACUUGAGUCCUUUCAUGACCGAUGAGAAGGGCAACUUUAGGAAGAAUGAGCUCUUGGAGCAGAUCGUCACGUCAACCGAUCAAAGUGAUUACCUGUGGUACAGAACAAGUCUUAAUCACAAAGGAGAAGGGAGCUACAAAUUGUACGUGAACACGACUGGCCAUGAACUUUAUGCCUUUGUGAACGGGAAGCUUAUUGGGAAAAACCAUUCUGCCGAUGGAGAUUUUGUCUUCCAACUAGAGUCGCCGGUGAAGCUCCAUGAUGGCAAGAACUACAUCUCUCUUCUGAGUGCAACCGUUGGCCUCAAGAACUAUGGCCCUUCGUUCGAAAAGAUGCCCACGGGCAUUGUUGGAGGCCCUGUUAAGCUGAUAGACAGCAAUGGCACCGCAAUUGAUCUCUCCAACAGCUCCUGGUCUUAUAAGGCUGGCUUGGCUAGUGAGUACAGGCAGAUCCAUCUUGACAAGCCAGGCUACAAAUGGAAUGGCAACAAUGGCACCAUCCCCAUCAACAGGCCUUUUACUUGGUACAAGGCUACAUUUGAAGCUCCGUCCGGCGAGGACGCGGUGGUGGUGGACCUGCUGGGCUUGAACAAGGGCGUGGCGUGGGUGAACGGCAACAACCUCGGCCGCUACUGGCCGUCGUACACGGCGGCGGAGAUGGCCGGCUGCCACCGCUGCGACUACCGCGGCGCGUUCCAGGCGGAGGGCGACGGCACCAGGUGCCUCACGGGCUGCGGCGAGCCGUCGCAGCGCUACUACCACGUGCCGCGCUCCUUCCUCGCCGCCGGCGAGCCCAACACGCUGCUCCUCUUCGAGGAGGCCGGCGGCGACCCCUCGGGCGUCGCCCUCCGCACCGUGGUGCCCGGUGCCGUGUGCACCUCCGGCGAGGCCGGUGACGCCGUCACGCUGUCGUGCGGCGGCGGCCACGCCGUGUCGAGCGUCGACGUGGCCAGCUUCGGCGUGGGGCGCGGGCGGUGCGGCGGCUACGAGGGCGGGUGCGAGUCCAAGGCGGCGUACGAGGCGUUCACGGCGGCGUGCGUCGGGAAGGAGUCGUGCACGGUGGAGAUCACCGGCGCGUUCGCCGGCGCCGGGUGCCUGUCCGGCGUGCUCACCGUCCAGGCCACUUGCUGAUUGAUCUACAUGCAUAUAUAUGGAGUGGCCAUGUCUUUGAUUAAUUAGGUCUUUAAUUAGUCGCUUAAUUAGGAUGGUUUGUUUAUUGAGUUAAGCUGGUAGUCGCCCCUGGUGCAUGUGUUAAUUCGGGGGUAAAAAGUGAGUUUAUUAAUUAGGGUUCUCUGAUCAACUGUUGAUUGCAGAGACGCAGAGUGUGAUAUAUACUGGGACCAAAUAUUUCAUCUAUGAAGUACUUUUACGAUCGAGUGGUUAAACAUGUGUGUUAAUGCCCUUGAUUUUU